UGUGACGAGCUUCUUCCCGGCUCAAUAAUAUUCUCUUAGCGGCUCCUUGCUUAGCUGCUGCCUCUCUCCCUGUGUGACUGAGAGAGACACACACACACACACACACUCACACACACAUAUACACAGUCCCAGUGCAGGAGUGAGGACAGGCUGUCACCGUGUGUGUGUGUGUGCCUAUGUGUGUGAGCAGGGCUACUGACAGUCUUCCCUGACAAGAGUUUCAGCCUCGCGUGGAUUUCAAUUUUGUAUCGCUUUGGGUUUAUUUUUUUAUACGUUUACCAAUUUUUUGGGGGUAAAUAGAGUUAGUUUUUUUUUUUACAAAAACUGUUUAAAGGGGACAUGGAGGCAGAUGGGAGCCAAGGCACCUCUGGGAGUCCGAACGAUUCUCAGCACGACCCCGGUAAAAUGUUUAUCGGCGGCCUGAGCUGGCAGACCUCCCCAGAUAGCCUCAGAGACUAUUUUAGCAAAUUUGGAGAAAUCCGAGAAUGCAUGGUGAUGAGGGACCCCACCACGAAACGCUCCAGAGGCUUCGGCUUUGUUACGUUUGCAGAUCCUGCAAGUGUAGAUAAAGUAUUAGCUCAACCCCACCAUGAAUUAGAUUCCAAGACGAUUGACCCUAAAGUUGCAUUUCCCAGAAGAGCACAGCCCAAGAUGGUCACAAGAACAAAGAAAAUAUUUGUUGGAGGAUUAUCAGCAAAUACAGUAGUAGAAGAUGUAAAGCAAUACUUCGAACAGUAUGGCAAGGUUGAAGAUGCCAUGCUGAUGUUUGACAAAACUACUAACAGACAUCGAGGUUUUGGUUUUGUAACCUUUGAAAUUGAAGACGUUGUGGAGAAAGUCUGUGAAAUUCAUUUCCAUGAAAUAAACAACAAAAUGGUAGAAUGUAAGAAAGCACAACCUAAAGAGGUUAUGUUUCCUCCUGGGACAAGAGGAAGAGCGAGGGGACUACCCUAUACUAUGGACGCAUUCAUGCUGGGGAUGGGAAUGCUGGGUUACCCAAAUUUUGUUGCAACUUAUGGUCGAGGAUACCCUGGCUUUGCCCCAAGCUACAGCUAUCAGUUCCCAGGUUUUCCUGCAGCAGCAACCUAUGGACCAGUCGCAGCAGCAGCAGUGGCAGCAGCUAGAGGAUCAGGAAUCCCAGAUUAUGGUUUCUAUGCCUCGCCCGGUGACCAACGGGCUGCUUUAUCGUUUGCGGAUUACAGUUCCAUGGGGCCUCGAGCGGCUCAGAUGCUUCGUAGUGAGCAUGCUGCUUCAGCAAGUAACUCCCCCCUCCAUCACCUUCCCAGCCCGGAUCAGUUUAAGAGCCCAGCGGUCCUGAAUAGCUACAGUGCUCAACCGAAUUAUGGCGCACCCGCUUCACCAGCAGGCACCAAUCCAGCUCGACCUGGUGGAUUUCCAGGGGCUAACAGCCCGGGCCCUGUCGCUGAUAUCUAUGGAACUGCCAACCAAGAUUCCGGUGUUGGUAACUACAUUAGCGCAGCAAGUCCUCAACCGGGUUCUGGCUUUGGCCAUGGAAUUGCUGGGCCUUUGAUUGCAACGGCUUUUACAAAUGGAUACCAUUGAAACGUUUCAGGUGGUUGGUUGCCAUCUCACUUUGAGAAUUUAUCUGGAUGCCCAGGCAAGACCGGGCGAAGUUUCUGAAUGGUCCCAUGUUGGGAUGAUGUCAUCAGGCCUUG